AAACACUAUCAAUCAACAGGGGAGAAACACAGACAGAUGUGCGGCUCGAUCGGCGCUGAGAUUUUGUGAUUUUACCCAGAUGUGAGGGAGAGUGAUGGAGAGACUUCAGUCUGACUUGGACUGCUGAGGUGCUUCCACCACUUUAAUGCAGAGACAAAUGGGAAGUCUGAAGGAGGAGAUGAGAGGUCUCAGAGAGGACCAGAAGCCGUGCGAGAAGACGGAGGAUGGAGAGCGUCCAGGCGGCUCAGAUGGCGGCACUGAGCCUGAGGGACCUCAGACAAACACGAGUGAAGAGUCAACAACUCAUCAGCCAAAACUUCCCAUGAAUGAAAGAAACGUUGAAGAGAGAGACACGAAUGCCAAACCCAAAGAUCAAGAGCUUUCAGAUGGAGGUGUUGUCAAAGACUCGAUGCAGACGAACGCCAUCCCUCUGACACAACAGCCUGAAGAUGAUAACACAACAACUGAACAUAACGACACGACAAUCUCUCAGAAGUUCCAAAGUGCUGGAGAUGGGGGAAUUCAGGAGGAGACAUCUAAGGAUCAAAACGUGGGUCCUGACAGAGAAAAGGUGGCUGAUAUUGAGAAUAUAUCGGUGCCUGUGCCAGUGACUCCGGGCCCUUCAGACCCUCGGUCCCCCGCUCCCCCCGGCCAGCAGCACAUGCGCACACAGGUCAGCCUGGAGGUGGUCCAGUGCCGCUCCGCAGCCACCAGCCCCAUGACCCCCCCUGAGGACGGCCAGUCCUUCUUCUUCCCCAGCUCCUUUGGGAAGCUGGGAGCUGUGGGCGCUGAGCUUCAGGUGGGGCAGCUGGUGGAGUUGUGCUCUGUGGCCACAUCCCCCAUGACCCCAAAGACGCCCUCCACCACGGCUUUUCCAGAGCUGAUCGGGAGGGAGACGGUGCAGAAAGAUCAGAACGAGAAAAAGGUGCAAAGGGAGAGUGGCCAAGAGUGUUUCCCCACGACACAAAGUCUGGAAGAGGCCGAGUCAGAGAUAACUGGAGCUCUCAAAUUAACCACAUCACAGGAGCAGAGAGAGAGCGCCAGGUUAUCGGUUUCACAAGUAACUAUGGAGGAUAGUAAACAGCAGUGUAAACAGCAGAGGAUGGGAAGUAUGGAUCAAGACAUUACAAUCCUGGUGACCCACUAUGGCAGCAAUGAGGGGGAAGAGGAGGAGAAGGCCGAGUCAUCUUGUUAUCCCAUCGAGACAGAGAUGGUCAAGAUAGACGAAUUUGAGGAAGAGCGAGAAAACAACGGUGAUUUAAAGGGUCAACCAAAGCAAAUGGAAGAAACCUGCGUUCCUGCAUGCGAAGUUCCAAAAACAGACGUGACAGCUGAACAUUCAGAGGUGGAGGAAAACAAAGGUGCAUGUGGAGAGUUGAGAGGAGAGACAAAGCCUCCUGUCCCUGAAUCUCCUGCUCCCUUCGGCUGCCACAACAUCCGCACCCAGGUCAGCCUGGAGGUGGUGCAGUGCCAGUCUGUGGCCACCAGCCCCAUGACCCCUCCUGAAGGGGACCAGGCCUUCUUCUUCCCUAGCUCUUUGGGAAAGAGUGAAGGUGUAGGCACCGGGACUGAAGAGGCGGAGCUCCGUCAGCCGGUGGAGUAUCGCUCCGUGGCCACAGCACCUAUGACCCCCAGAACACCGACCACCAUGAGCUUUCCUGAGAUCAGGAAGGAUGCAAGCGUUGAGAAGAUAGUUGAGGUCAAAGAGGAGGUGGUGGAGGAGGUCAAAGUGGAGGUGGUGGUGGAGGACAAAGUGGAGGUGGUGGUGGAGGUCAAAGUGGAGGUGGAGGACAAAGUGGAGGUGGUGGUGGAGGUCAAAGAGGAGGAGGUCAAAGUGGAGGUGGUGGUGGAGGACAAAGUGGAGGUGGUGGAGGAGGUCAAAGUGGUGGUGGCGGACAAAAAGGAGGUGGUGGAGGAGGUCAAAGAGGAGGUGGUGGACAAAGUGGAGGUGGUGGUGGAGAGGAGGUGGUGGUGA